GUCUCCCUCUCUUUCCUUUCUUUCUCUGUUGUCUUCUUACCCCAAUCUAAUCCAAACCCUAACCCUAUACUCUCUCUCUACUUUCUCUCUCUAGAAUCCAUUACAGUGCAGCGAUGAAGCACUUCAUGCUGCCAAGAAAUGCAAUCUUGCGGGAGACACACACUCCUACUCCCGCAGAGUUCCCUUCUCCUUCACCUUCACCUUCCUCAACCGCCAAAAAACCCAGGCCAUCUCGCAGGAACAGAUCCACCAAGGAGAAUGAUCCUCCUCCCGAACACCACAAUGCCCGAUUCAAAAGCCUCUUGCCUCCGAGGCCUCCCUCUUCAAACCCUCUCAAGCGCAAGCUCGCCCUUGAUGUCCCUCUUACUGACAACUCAGUCCCCGCCAAUUUCGAUUCUGGGGUCAAGGUGGUUGUGAGGAUGAGACCUCUGCGCCACGACAAGGAGGAAGUGGAUUCUUCUGGGGUUAAGAAGAUUUCCAAUGAUUCAUUGUUCAUCAACGGUCAGAAUUUCACAUUUGAUUCUGUUGCUGACACUAACGCUACUCAGCUAGACAUUUUUGAGCUUGUCGGGGCGCCUCUUGUGGAGAAUUGCUUGGCAGGAUUCAAUAGUUCUGUAUUCGCAUAUGGGCAGACGGGAAGUGGAAAGACGUAUACAAUCUGGGGACCUCCCAAUUCUUUGUCAGAAGACAAUCUAACAAAUGAUCAGAGAGGCCUUACACCACGCAUAUUCGAGAGACUUUUUGCCCGCAUAGACGAAGAGCAAACUAAGCGUUCUGACCAGCAACUCAAGUAUCAGUGCCGCUGUUCUUUUAUUGAGAUAUACAAUGAACAAAUAACAGAUCUAUUAGAUCCAAAUCAAAGAAACCUACAGAUCAGAGAAGAUGUCAAAUCUGGCGUCUAUGUUGAAAAUCUUACAGAAGAGCCUGUCUGUUCUAUGAAGGAUGUGACUCAGCUUUUAAUUAAGGGACUGUCAAACAGAAGAGUAGGUGCAACUAGUAUAAAUUCUGAGAGUUCUCGCUCUCACACUGUUUUUACUUGUGUUGUUGAAUCUCGAUGUAAGAGCUCUGCAGAUGGUAUAAGCAGAUUUAAAACAAGUAGAAUCAACCUUGUUGAUUUAGCUGGGUCUGAGCGACAAAAAUUAACGGGUGCUGCUGGAGAGCGAUUGAAGGAAGCUGGCAAUAUUAAUAGAUCACUUUCACAGCUUGGGAAUUUGAUAAACAUUCUAGCUGAAGUUUCUCAGACAGGAAAGCAGCGACAUAUACCAUAUAGAGAUUCCAAGUUGACGUUUUUAUUGCAGGAUUCCCUUGGAGGAAAUGCAAAAUUAACAAUGGUUUGUGCUAUUUCCCCAGCACAAAGUUGUAGGAAUGAAACUUUCAGUACUCUGAGAUUUGCACAACGUGCCAAAGCUAUCAAGAAUAAAGCAGUUGUUAAUGAAGUUAUGCAUGAUGAUGUGAACCACUUACGGAAAGUGAUACGCCAACUCAGGGAUGAGCUGCAUCAAAUUAAAGCAAAUGGUUACAGUCCAAGUGAUGGAAGUAGAGGCCAUUCAACAGCUUGGAUCCAAAGAAGUUUGAAUUUAUUGCAGUCUAGCCUUAGCCGCCCACAAUCACUACGUCAUGUUGAUGAUGAUGGUGAUGAGGUGAUGGAGAUUGUUGAGCAUGGUGUUGAUGACCAUUUGGUAACUCUCCACAAUACGGAUGGAGGUUCUGCUGCCCUGUCAGCCCCCAAUGCAUCUGUUGAUUCUCCUAACCCUGGUGUAGCCCAAUGCAAUUCACCCCCUAACCUCAAAUCCCCAACUCCCAGUGUUUCACCAACAAUUACCAGUAGCAGGAAAAGUCUGAAGACUUCGUUAAGGCUGUCUCCUUCUAAUAAUAUUCUUCAAGGUGAAAGUGAGUUAGACACAAAAAUUGUUGAUCAGAAAUUGUGUACGGGCUUUUCUGGCCAGGAAGCUCCAAAUUUCCUUACUAAAAAUGAAAAUUUAGCUGCAAGCAUUGGUCUUGAUGUUAUUGGUAGCCAGCAUCAUAGUUCAGCUUUGAGGCAGUCAUCGUUGGAGCUCUCAUUCAAACACAGGGAAUCCAAGCUAAUAUGUCAAGCUAACAAAGUUGACGUGGGAGUGCAGACUUUUCUCGACAAUAAUGCUAGAGAAGAAGAUUCUGUUGUGUUUGACUGCAAUAACUGUAAAAGCAUGGUGCAGAAUGAUGUCACUGAGAUAGAUGAAGGUUCAAACAUGCAGCUGGUGCCUGUUGGUUGCCCUGAGUCAGCAGAUAAGCCGAAGAAGAAGAAAAUUCUAAAAGCAAUAGAGAAGGUUUUGGCUGGAUCUAUAAGGAGAGAAAUGGCGCUGGAAGAGUUUUGUGCGAAGCAGACUUCUGAGAUAAUGCAGCUCAAUCAUUUAUUGCAACAAUACAAGCAUGAGAGGGAAUGCAACGCCAUAAUUGCACAGACAAAGGAAGAAAAGAUUCUUCGCCUUGAGAGUCUUAUUGAUGGUGUUUUACCUGCUGAGGAGUUCUUGGAUGAAGAGCUGAUUUCCCUCGGGCAUGAACACAAGCUUUUAAAGGAGAAUUAUGAACAUCAUCCAGAAGUUUUGGAGAUGAAGAUAGAAUUAAAAAGAGUACAAGAUGAGCUAGAAGAGUACCAGAAUUUCUACAAAUUGGGGGAGAAGGAAGUGUUGAUGGAGGAGAUACAAAGUCUAAGAAACCAGCUUCAAUUUUAUGUAGACUCCUCAGCCACAUCAGCAAGAAAGCAAUAUCUGCCAUUGCAAUUGACUCAUUCAUCUGAACCCAGUUUGGCAGCAAAUCUCACUGCCAUUCCAGAUUCAACAGAGGGUGGUGACUGGGAAAGUGAAAAUCCAGUAUGUGCCAAAGAAAAACUUGAACAUGAAAGAAGUCAAUGGGCCGAUGCCGAGAGAAAGUGGAUUUCACUUACCAAAGAACUGAGUGCUGAGCUUGAAGCUAACAAGUCACUGGCUGCAAAGAGGAAGCAGGAACUAGAUGCUGAGAGGAAGUGUGUUAGGGAACUGAAUCAAGCAAUGCAAACAGCUAUAGAAGGCCAUGCACGACUUCUAGAGCAAUAUGCAGAUCUGGAAGAGCAACAUGUAGAAUUGCUUGAAAGGCAUAGAAAGAUCCAGGAUGGAAUAGACGAUGUCAAGAAAGCAGCUUCCAGAGCAGGGGUAAGAGGUCCAGAGUCUAAGUUCAUAAAUGCCCUAGCUGCUGAAAUUACAGCAUUAAAAGCUGAAAAAGAAAAGGAAAUAAAAAUCUUAAGGGAUGAAAAUAGAGGCCUUCGAGCCCAAUUGAAGGAUACCAGUGAAGCAGUUCAAGCUGCAAGUGAACUGCUUGUGCAGCUUAAAGAAGCAGAGGAAGGUGUCAUUACUGCACAGAAGCGAGCUAUGGAUGCUGAGCAGGAAGCUGCAAAGGCCUACAAACAAGUUGAUAAAUUGAAGAAUAAACAUGAGAAGGAGAUAACCACACUCCAAGAACUGCUUGCCGAAGCACGUUUGCCUAAGAAAGAAAGAGAACCAACUGGUAAUCAUGGUGUAAUUCAACAAUUUGAGCCAUUCUGUAAUGAAGAGGACAGCGACCUUGCAAAACUAGCAGAACAAUCUUGGUUCUCUGGUUAUGACAGAUGUAACAUAUAGAUUAAUAAGUUUGCUUAUAACUGUAAUCUUUUACUAGGUUUGUAUUUAAUUGUUAAUAUGAUUUUUACUCAGUACAAAUGAGUGUAACUCCCUGUGUCCUCCCCCUACGUUGCACCAAAGCCUAAUAUACAAUCUUAGUUAUCCACCACA